AUGCCCCACACUUCGCGCACCCGGCGCACGACUCCCCAGAAACGGAUCCAAGUGACCGACGACGACGGCUGGACCCAUGUCACCAGCAGCAGCAACGUGCGGCGCGUAAUGCGCACAGCUACACACCGCACUAAUACAUCUUUGGACAACAAUGACAAGGAGGAGAUGAAGGAGGAGGAGCCCGUACUGGCACCCGCCGAAGCACCCAGCCGGCUAACCCUCGCGCAGCUGCAGACGCAGCUCCGGGGCCACGGCGAGAAGUGGGCGGACUCGCGCUCGGGGGCGUGGGUGCGGGAGGUGCUGCUCCAAAGCUUAGCAUUGCCAGAGUCUGCCAGCAGUCCGGCUGCUACUUCUCCCGUCGAGGCAAUCGUGUGCAUCGGGCUCGGCAGCCCGAGCGGCUUCCUGCGCGGCGGCUGGGUUGAUCGCCGCACGGUGUGUCUUUACCAGCUCGCUGCGCUUGUAGCGAUCAAGGACUUAGUGAGGCGACAGCAGGAUCGUCCGGUCCCCGUAUAUGCACAAGAUCCCGUGUUCAACACGCUUGACCGCGAGCUUCUCGAGUCCCUCGAUAUCACAGUCGUCGAGCACCCGGCCGCAUUCGAUCUCGUUACCCAACGCUCGAUGGUAUUCUGUCCCGGAGCAGAAUCCAAGCAUCUCCUGCAGAUCUUCUCGUCUCGGCCGCGGAUCCUUUUCUGUAAUCAGAUCGAUACAAUCGACCCCCAGUUCAGGUCUUUCUUGGAACACACACGGCCCCGGUUAAUGCCGGAUUUCCCGCCGUGUGAGGAAGCAUUCUGGCGGCUGGCUUUAUAUGCGAUGCAUGGUGAUUCAUCCGAUUGA